AAAAUGCAAGUUGGUGCACAAAACACAUGACUUGAUCAUAGAAAAAGUUUUCGAAACAUCAAGGAAAUUCCCUACUGAUUACAAAAAUACUCCUAAUUUACAAGCCUACCUGGGUCUUAAACCUUCGUUAUACCAGCUUGCUAAGUUAAAGGACUAUUCGAGGUGUUUUUAAGGAGUUUUGGAUGCAAGGAUUUGUCUGUACACCUCCCGAGAUGUGAUGAUAAUUUUGCUCCUGGGGAUUGCUAUAUUUUGUCAUGUUUGUAUUUGCAUCGUUUUAAAAAACUGAAAGAACAAAUCAAGAUUAACUCUUAGAGGAUUGAAUCCUAGACAUCAUUGGGAAGGCUUAACUUUUAUUAAAGUAACAAUGUACGAUGCUGGGACAGAUACCCCAUUAUUUGGAGACACGCGACCAAGGGAUCGUUUUUUAAGCUAUCUACUUGGAGGAUUCACAUGCGUAUUGGUAUUAUUUACCUUCAUAAGUUCCUUAUUUCCUUGGCCUCCGCCAUUCAAAAAAAUCUUUCUAGCCAUCGCCAUCAUCUUUGUUUGUAUAGGAGAAUUAGUUUUAAUAUUUUGGUACAAAAGAGGAGAUUUGGACCCUAAAUUUCGUAAACUCAUACUUUUCAAUUGCCUUUCAUUAAUCAUACUAUGCUUAUCUGCUAAUCUCUUUUACUAUCCAAAAUAGCCAGCCUUUAUAGUUAACAUUAUAUAAACAUAAUCCAACAUUAGUAUGAUUUUAGACUUGAAUAUCAGAGAAAAGAUGAAAUUUAGAAUAAAAAAAACGCUUUAGACACUCUUCUGCUCUGGCUAACUUUGGAAAACCUCUAAAUCCCUGCCCAAGCAGUAGUUAUUGCCUACGAAUCACUGGUUGCUUAACCAAUCACAGCAUAUGAAACUCUCAUAAUCACCGCCCGAGCAGUGGUUAUCGGCUAAGAAUCACUGGUUGCUUAACCAAUCACAGCAUGUGAAACUCUUAUAAUCACUGCCCAAGCAGUGGUUAUUGCUAAGAAUCACUGGUUGCUUAACCAAUCACAGCAUGUGAAACUCUUAUAAUCACCGCCCGAGCAGUGGUUAUCGGCUAAGAAUCACUGGUUGCUUAACCAAUCACAGCAUGUGAAACUCUAUAUUCAAGUUUAAAAUUAUAUUCAAAAUAAAUAUCCAUUAACAAAGAAAGGAUUCAUUAAGGCAGGAAAAACAAUGGGUUAGGGUCAUGAUAUUAUAUUUACCUUUGAAGGAGAGUUAUCGAUUUUGUGAUAGUCCAAAUUAAUUUUUCGACCC